AUGUCAGCACCUCCCAUCGAGAGUCGUCUUUGGCGCGCGCUUUAUGCGCUCCCAUUUCUGGGCAUAACAGCUCUCAUGACUCGGGCGUUUGCUAUGGCCCAGCCAAUCGGGCCUGUCAUUGAAAAGAUGGUUCAGACGUCGAGUUUUACAGCCCCUGGAGUUGAGGUGCCUCUCAUCACGAAAUUCUAUGGAGUCCCUGUGCUGGAUGACAUCUUUGCUGUUGUCACGGUUGCUUUUACCAAUUUGCAGUUUUUUAUUGAUGAGAAGGCAUACUGGCAGUCGUUGGUGUUUCUAACUGACUUUGCGGGUAUGUAUGCUGUUAUCUUAAUUGAGGCAUUUAGACCUGGUAACGACUUCAUUCUAAGCAACCCCGUUGUAUUCUUGUUUGUAUCUCAGAUGAUUGCUAUUGGAUGCACUGCGCCUAUCUUCUUCUUCCUGUGCUAUAUCUUUACGCCUGCUUACAAGCUUACCACACCGACCCUUUGCCGCCCUACUAUAGCACCAUGCAUGGCUCUUUUACCUACAAUUAUCCUGGGCUAUUAUGCUUCACACUUCCCUUCUUACUUUCACACCUCACUCGAGGCCAGAAACUGGUGGAACUGGAUCUGGCAACUCUUCCCAAUCUGGGGAUCGAUAAUUGUAUUCGUCCUUUCCAAGGUUGUUCCUCAGUCAGAUAACCAGUCUCCAAAGGCAGCCAAAAAGGGUCUGAACGCCCUCCGACUCACCAUUGGGAUUGUGAGCAUUGUCAGCACAGCAACCUGGUGGUAUGCACUUGCAACAAUGGAGUACUCCAUUAUUGAGGUCUUCGUGCCACAGUACUUGGUCAACUUCCCCCAUGACCCAAACGAGGGUUUACGAACUGUUAUCCAGUUCGACUACAUCUGCUGCUACUCAGCCGGUUUCUUAUGGUUGGCCUACCACUUUAGAGAUCUCGAAAAUGUUGGGGCCUGUAGUAUCUCAUGGGUUCGAGCAGCGUGCGUUUCUACCGUCUUGGCUCUUUUGGUCGGGCCGGGGACGUUAUUUCCACUCAUUUGGCUGUUGAGAGAAGAACUGCUGGCAGCGACAACAAUCGAGACCAAGAAGUCCAUAGAGUGA